CAGACUGUUGCUUAGAUAUACGACAUGCUAAAUCCCCUGCCGUCCUCUGUGUGAAAAAAGGGUGGUACUGGAAAUGUACAGUCAAUUUUAACACAGCUUAAAAUGCGCAACAUAACAUAAUAAGCUGAGGCUUAUUGUUCAAGAUGACUGAGAGGGUUCGGAACAAAGUCAGGGCAGACGGAGAUUUUUGUGGGGAUGUGAAUGAAGACUUUCAAUCAGGCGAGGGUCAGCCAAAGAGCUCUGGUUUCUGCGGGCUUCUCCUCACUGCUCUCUCUUUUCUUCUCAUUCUCGCCACAUUCCCAGUCUCUGUAUGGAGCUGCAUGAAGAUUGUCAAGGAAUAUGAGAGAGCAGUUAUCUUCCGUUUAGGGCGACUCCUGGGUGGAGCAAAGGGGCCUGGCAUAUUCUGGAUUCUUCCAUGUGUGGACACCUUUCGGAAGGUUGAUCUGAGGACAGUAUCCUUCAACAUUCCCCCACAGGAGGUGCUGACAAAAGACUCAGUAACUAUCAUGGUAGAUGGGGUGGUGUAUUAUCGAGUUUUUAACCCUACAGUGUCUAUAACCAAAGUGGAGGAUGCCAAUCUGGCCACACAGAUGCUGGCACAAACCACCCUCAGAAACAUGUUGGGUACCAAAAGCUUGGCGGAUAUCUUGCGAGACCGUGAGGAGAUGGCAGAACAAAUGGAGGAAGUCAUUUACUCUGCGUCUAAGAACUGGGGCAUUAAAGUGGAGCGGGUAGAGCUGAAGGACGUUAAACUCCCUCACACCUUGCAGAGGGCAAUGGCUGCUGAGGCUGAGGCCACCAGAGAGGCUCGGGCCAAGGUGAUUGCAGCUGAGGGAGAGAUGAAAGCAUCCUGUGCUCUGAAGGAAGCAGCCCAUGUGAUGUCCGAGUCUCCGGCCGCUCUGCAGCUGCGAUACCUGCAGACCCUGGCUGAAAUUGCCACAGAGAGGAACUCCACUGUGGUUUUCCCCAUCCCUAUGGACCUCAUCAGCACCUUCAUGAAGAAGUAAAUGAAGAAACCAAGUGAACCAUGAAAGCUCUUAAUCAGAGCAUAUAUUUAAUUAGACUAGAACACACUAUACAACUAAAUAAUUAAUCACCAUAAAUAAAGUACUACAAGUAUGUAUAAAUAUA